AUGGUUAAAGUGACAAAGCUUAUUGGUCAAAUCCGUAAUGAAGGAGUAGAAAUGAUAGCGAGGGGUGUCACUAUCUACGUAGAUGAACGAAUGAGAUAUGCGAUUAUGCAUGCCUCCCAUUUUGGACCAGUUCUAAUUUCUCGUCAUUUCAAGCAAGAAACAGUAAAACUUGGUCAGUGGCUUUCAGUUGCAGUAGAACCAAAUCGAGAUUACUUGCUUACAUCUGAACGUACCAAAUGUCAAUUUGCUGAUGCGGUUGAACCUGAAAUCAUUGAGGAACUGUUGCCUACAGGCACGUCACUUACGAGAUUAGGUGUACUAACUACACGUAUCCAGACGCCGGUCUUCGUUGGGAAUGCUUCGUUUGCAAGCUGUAUAGGACUGAGCCCUUUAUUGGGUCGCGUAUUUUUGAAAGAAAGCCUUUGCAAAAAAAUCAAUUUAAAUCCUUUGACUUGGGUACGUUGUGAUGUUUCGCCAGUUGAGCCAUCACAUUCUAAUUUCAAUACAUUUUGGGAAGCAAGGACAAUUGGUUUCCAGGAUUCUACAGAUCCCAGUCUUAAUCAGUCAGUCAAACGUUAUACGGGACGAUUUAUUGGUUUCAGUGAAAGAAAUGUUUGUAUUUUACAAUUAUUCCAUAAAAGAAGAAAUGCAGGCUUCGCCUUAGUUAAUUCUUACGAUUUCGCUCAUACUGUUGAUGAACAUAAUUUGAAAAAGGCUGAGGCGAUUCAGGUUUAUGCUGCAUCUCAACAUCCAGUCUAUCCGGAACUUUGCGUUCCUGCUUGUUAUGCACGUAUAGUGAAUUACGGAUCGAAUAAAGCGAGUGUGGAAACCGCAGAUGAGAUGUUUGCGUCUCUUGUUUUCAACGAAACUAGUAUCCGAUAUGGAUCGACAGCAGGCGAUGUAGUAGUAGCACCGGACAGCAAAAUUAGUAACAUUUACAAGCAGUCUGCUCAAUUAGGAGAAGAAAUUGAAUUUGUUGAUAACUUUGAAGGCAUAAGAAAUUUGCGGUUUCAAAGGACACUAAAAUCUGUCAGUCCAGUUGUUAUUCAUCGUUUGGGAUUUAAAGACGUGGUUCAUAUUUUGUCGGUUAUGGCAGAUGAAUAUUCAGCUCAGUUAAAGAAGGCAUUCAGAGAUUUGCAAACCAAAAUGGUGGACACAAAUCGGCGAUUACAGUUAGGGGAGUCAUUAAAAAAGCAGCAAGAACAGAGGCGACGAAUAUCUCAAUUAACCAAAAGUCAUCUGUUGGAACUAGACAAGGAGACUCCGGUGUAUAUGUCUGUUGGCCGCAUAUUUGCAAAAGGAAGUGUUGACUCUGAAAUUGCCAGGCAUGAAGAAGAGAUUUCGAAAGCGAAUGAACGAAUAAUCUCAAUAGAUCAUCAAAAGAAAUAUUUAGAAAAAAGUUUGGCUGAGUCAGAAAAAAAUAUUCGGGAACUGGUCCAGUCUCGACCUUGA